AUGAGGAAGUUCGUUGUGGGAGGAAUAGUCUUGGUGACAUCAAUACUAAUCUAUUUUAUUGUCGAUAAUAAAAACGUGUGUUAUAGAAAUGCUACAUGUCAGAAGUUGGAAAACAUCGAUUUACCCCAUUUCAACUACCAAGAGAAGUGUGGCGAGAUAUUCAAAUUUAAAAGUGGGGGAAGUAGAGACUAUAUUUUUUACUCACAUGCGUCGACACCAGCGUAUGUGACACAGUACUACGAAAUAGAGCAAACACUUACACUCAUGCGAGCGUCAAUGCCGAAUAUAACCGCAAUUGUUUUUACUGUUGGAGUAAUCCCACAUAAUUUUACGGAGUUGAUGAAGAAAUAUAAUGUUACACAAAUUGAAGAUAUCCAAUAUGAGAAUUGGAGUUGUGUGAAUGCCAGAAUACCAAUGACAUUAGAAUAUAUGAAGAAGCAUAAGUCCGAGAUCGAUAGAGCAAUUUUCAGUGAUUUGCGCGACGUGUUUUAUUUUACUGACGUGUUCAGAACAUUCAAUGAAAGUGAGUUGUAUUGGCUACUGGAAUGUACAGGCAUAGACUGUUUUCAAAUUUCUAAUCGCUACGCACACUUCUCUUGGAUGAUUCAGUUUGCUUCGAAAAAGGACGUUAAAAAAUUCAUGGAAAGGGAGUGGGUGUUUGUCAAUGGGGGGCUGGGGAUGGGUGGAGUCGAAAAGAUGAUUCACUUUUUCGAAGAGUUGAACGACACCAUUGAAAUGUCAUAUGUUGAUAGGUGGGGGUAUGACCAGACUCUUCUAAAUGCAUUGGUGAUAGAUAAACAACAAAGUCUAGGAAUAAUUCUACAAAAUUGUACACAAAGAAUGUGCUUUUUGCCUGACAAACGUGUGUUACACUUUCACAACGGAGUAGCUACAUAUUCGAGUGGGUGUAGUCCUAUUGUUACUCACAAAGGUGUGGUUGAGAGUUGGAGGAGUUUAUAUGGUAACAUCAGUUUACCAGAAGAUAGAUAG